AAGAGUUUUGUUAUAUUUCAGUCACCUGUGAUGUAUUUGAAAUGUAAUAUUGGGAUGCAAACUCAAAAUGUAAUACUUUUCAACUCUAUAUCUGACGUGGUACCAGUGUCUUCUUUUUUAAGCCAAUAACCAUGUGUGUGAUGUGUAUACUUUUGUUUCGAAGUAGAUUUGUUUAAGACUACCAAUAAUGACUCUAUGUGACCCUGAUUUAGCCCACUGCAGUAAUUAACCAAAUGGUAGAAAUGCCCUAGGUUAGUUGUUCGUUGCGUUCGUGCUCUCCUCUUCAGGGUGCGCGACCGUUUAUCUCCAAGGAGAUACGUUCGAGUUCGCAUAACUGUGUCAUCUGAGCAAAAAGGAGAAAGAGCAAAUUCUGCAACAAUCACUAAAAGUAGCCUAAUAAAACAUGGAUGAAUAUCUUUUAAGUUUGGAAACAAAUGUGACUUGUAACAAACCAGAAGUAGUUCUCACUAUUUUACACUUCAAUGAUGUGUACGAAAUAGAAGCAAGACCAGAAGAACCCGUUGGCGGUGCUGCAAGGUAAAGUUUAGCUAAUCCUAGCAAGCUAACGUUAAUUAGCGAGUCUCGAAAGGAAAUGUAGGCUUAACAUUAACUUUAACAUCAGUUGCCUUGAUCCAGCCUUGUUGAAACUUCACUUUGUCUAGCUUUGGGCAAUCUAACUAGUCUUGUAUAGGAUACAUUAGAAUUUCACAAAACGAAAUGUUGGCUAUGGUUUUCUCCCCCCAGGUUUGCCACUGCUCUGAAAGUAUUCCAGUCGCUGAAUCCUUUAGUAGUUUUCAGUGGUGACUGUUUGAGCCCUUCUUUGCUAAGCACAGUCACCAAGGGAAAGCACAUGGUAGAUGUUCUAAAUAAAUUAGGAGUCCAUUGUGCGGUGUAUGGUAAGUGUGUCUCUCCAACCAUGCAUUACUAUUUCAUUGUAUACACACAAAUGAUCCAGAGAACAUCCAUUUAUCCAAGUGCAAAACACAUAGAGAACUCUCUCUUUUAUGACCUUCUCUUUCUCUCUCUCACACACACACACACACACACACACACACACACACACACACACACACACACACACACACACACACACACACACACACACACACACACACACACACACAAAACUUUAUGUAUUUUCAUUGUCCUCUUCUAAGGAAAUCAUGAGUUUGAUUUCGGCGUGGACCACUUGGAAGAGCAGACAAAAAAUAUGACCUUCCCUUGGUUCCUCAGCAAUGUGUACGACAGGUUCACCCAUGAAACGCUGGGCCAUGGCAUGGUCAGCAGCAUCCUGGAGUGGAACAGCCUAAAGAUCGGUGUCAUGGGCCUGGUAGAGGAGGACUGGCUGGAUACCCUGGGCACUGUGGACAAGAACAACAUCCACUACACAGACUAUGUGGAGACAGCUGAUCACCUUUCUGCUGAGCUGAGGGACAAAGGGGCUGACCUGGUCAUCGCAGUCACACACAUGAGGUGGCGUAAUGACAUCAGGCUAGCAUCCGAGUCCAACGGUGUGGACCUCAUCCUGGGAGGACAUGACCAUGAGUACGGGGUUCUGGAGGUCAAUGGGAUUCUGAUCGUAAAGAGUGGCUCAGAGUUCAGGUACCUGUCAAAGAUUGACGUUGUGAAGGACCAGGAUGGGACGUUCAAGUACACCUGUGAAAAGAGAGCUACAAUGAGAGACCUUGAGGAAGAUGCAGAAAUCAAACAGAUUGUGAAAGGAUACACGGAUAAUAUGCAGCAUAUGCUUGGAGAGGUCCUGUGCCACACAGACGUGACCUUGGAUGGACGCUGCGCCACCGUGAGACGAGCAGAGUGCAACCUGGGUAAUCUGAUCACCAACGCCAUGCUGGAGGCCACUCAUGCGGAAGCAGCGAUUUUAAACUCAGGUACUCUGCGAUCUGACCGCUUGCACCCGGCUGGUCCCCUGACCAUGCAUGACCUGCUGCAGAUCCUGCCACUAAAGGACCCAGUGCUGGUGGUGGAGGCCACUGGGCAGCAGCUCUACGAAGGCCUGGAGAACGGGGUCAGCAUCUACCCUGAUUUAGAUGGAAGAUUUCCCCAGGUUUCAGGGAUUCAGUUUGGCUUUAAUCCCAAUGGAAAACCUGGACACAGAGUCAUCGCUAAGACAGUGAAGGUUCAAGGCAAGAGUCUAGAUAGAGACAGAAAAUAUGCGGUGGCCAUGAAAGAAUUCUUAACUAAGGGCAAAGAUGGCUACACUAUGUUCAGUAGCUGUCCUCAUAGGCACGACAUAGAGAAUGCUCAGAUCCUGUCGACCAUCCUCAUCAACCACUUUGAAUCUGGCCAGAUCGUCAGAGGCACGAAGAGAUGCAUGUCUGGCCACAGGAUGGGCCUCAUCAAGGUGUCCAGCAGCCCCUCUGUGUCUGCCAUUGAAAGUACCAAGAGUGAGAAUCUGGAGGGAGAGGAGGUGGGAGUGGCUGUGGUGCCCGGAGUGGAGGGCAGGAUAUUCCAUGUCUACCCUGAGCGCCAAUCAGAAACAGAAGGCUAACAGUGGGUAAGGCUGUUCCUCAUCAGAGAAUUUCACAGAGCAACUCAGCCAUGACUCCAUAGUCACAGUGUAAGCCAGGGGAAAUUACAUCAAGUUUCACAUCUCUCAUCUGCCUCUUGCUUUUUAUCAGCCUUAUAAACAGGCGAACUGUCAAUAAACGCUCAGACAGCAACAUGAGAUGAAGUAAUCCAUUACAUGUAGUACUGUUGAAGUAAUCCAUUACUUGUAGUACUGUUGAAGUAAUCUAUUACUUGUAGUACUGUUGAAGUAAUCCAUUACUUGUAUAACUGUUGAAGUAAUCCAUUACUUGUAGUACUGUUGAAGCAAUCCAUUACUCGUAGUACUGUUGAAGUAAUCCAUUACUUGUAGUACUGUUGAAGUAAUCCAUUACUUGUAGUACUGUUGAAGCAAUCCAGCAGCAAGCAGUCCUUGAAGUUGUAAAUCAUUUUUUUUGACAUGACUCAAAAUUAUACCACAUUUUUCCCCUUGUCAAUACAUUUGAAUAUUGACAACUAAUAUAUUACAGAAAAUGUAUUUAUUUUGAAUGAUCAUUUUGUGGCAUAUAGUUUGGCAAUGUAUAAGGAUUUGAACGUAGAAGGAGGAGCAAUAGUGUACAUGUGUUCAUGACAACAUUAUAGUAAAAAGGAAAUGAAUUGAAGAAAACUCACUACUGUGUUUUUGUGAUAAAACCACCCCUGACUUCCUUUUAAAAGAGAUAGUCUCAGUCAAUGUGCAAGGACAUUCUUCUUCAUAGCAAAUGACAUCUUGACAACAUCACAGUGUUGGGUGAAUAAAUCAGUGAUUCCCUGCUUCUACCGUUGAAAGAACCCGGCUGUAACGGAUGAUAAUGUGGCGUAUUAUAUGGCCUAUACUGUUUGGGGACUUUCUGGUCAUGCUCCAAGGCUUGACAUCAUUUCUUUUUGCCACUUGUCCCCAGGACAAGUAGAACGGAAGUUUUAGUUGUCCGAAAGCUUAAAGCUCCAAAAAUAAAAAUAAAUCUGUAACACCACAUUAAGUGUUUAUAAAUAAAAAUAAUUCCAUCAACA